GCGAGCUCAACAUCACAACAAGUUUACUUCCAGCUCGUUUUCUUUAUGAAGUUUUAUUUCGUCAUCUUCAUUGACCUUUAAAAUGGGAUUCUGCGGGAUUCGAAGAGUUGGAGAGUGCGUGGUGCUUGCUGUUCUGUUCUACUCGGUUCAGUCUACAACUACGAGGUAUUACACUUAUGAAGAGGAUGCGCCCGGGUCAGAGAUUGGAAAUCUGUCUCAGGAUUUAAAGAUAGACCCAGCAGAGAACCCUGAAACAUCUUUCCGCUUCAUGCAGGAGACCAAUUCGUCUGUGAUUCAAAUGAGGGAGAUCGAUGGACUUUUAACAGUUGGGGAAAUGAUUGACCGAGAGCAUCUCUGCCCAAGGUCCCCGCGGUGUUUUGUCACCUUCGACAUAGUUGCCUUCUCCAAAGAAAAGUUUCAGCUGAUUCACGUGGAGAUCGAGGUAAAGGACAUCAAUGAUAACUCACCCCAGUUCCUCCACAACGAGACGACCCUUGAGAUAUCCGAGAAUGUUCAGGUGGACUCACGAUUCCCGUUGGACAUCGCUGUUGACCAUGAUGUCGGCAAUAACUACAUCCAACGUUACCAUAUCUCUCCCUCCAGCAAUUUCAUAGUUGAUGUGCGCAGCAGGGAGGAUGAAGUGAAGUAUGCUGAACUUGUGCUUGUGAAAGCACUGGACAGAGAGGCUGAAGAUUCCUACACAAUUGAAGUGACGGCAACAGAUGGGGGAGAGCCACCCAGGUCCGGAUCAAUGACUGUUCAUAUCAAAGUGCUGGAUUUUAAUGACAACAGCCCAACGUUUGAGCACAACUCACUGAAAGUUGAACUUUAUGAGGAUUCACCCAUAGGUUACCAAGUACUGAAAGUGCAUGCGUUUGACCCAGAUGCUGGCAUCAAUGGCGAAGUAGUGUAUGGAUUUGUAGAGGACACAUCAUCUGAAACAAUGUGCAUUUUUAAUAUAGACCGAAUUUCCGGUGCUGUAACUUUAAAAACAUUGGUUGAUUAUGAGAAGAAGAGGUCCUAUGAAUUGUACAUUAAAGCAUCCGAUUUGGGCACAAAUUCUAUUCCAUCGACCUGCAAAGUUGUUGUUGAUGUUGUAGAUGUAAAUGAUAACGCACCAGAAAUCACCAUCAAGCCAAUGACAUCGACUAGUGAUGGUGUAGCUUACAUCACCGAGGCCGCAGCGGAGGAAAGUUUUGUGGCGCUGAUCAGCACCUCGGACAGUGACUCUGGCUCGAACGGUUACGUGCGCAGUAGCCUACACGGCCACGAUCAUUUCAAGCUGCAGCAGGCCUACGGGGACACUUUUAUGAUUGUAACAACCAGCACUUUAGAUAGAGAGAAGAUCCCAGAGUAUAACCUCACUGUAGUGGCUGAAGACCUCGGAACACCACCUUUCAAAACGGUGAAGCAGUAUACCAUCAGAGUGACCGACGAGAACGACAACGCCCCCCUCUUCAGUAAAUCAAUUUAUGAAGUUUCUGUCCUGGAAAAUAAUAUCCCUGGGUCAUAUAUAACUACUGUUGUAGCACGUGACCUUGAUAUGGGUAAAAAUGCCAAAGUUUCAUACAAACUAAUUGAUUCAGAUGUAGUGGGGGAGGCCUCCAUUUCGACUUAUGUGUCUAUAGACCCAAUGUCAGGGUCAUUGUAUAGUCUGAGAUCUUUCGAUUUUGAAACCCUCCAACAGAUUGAAUUAACCAUCCAGGCUGACGACAAGGGCUCACCUCAGCUGUCAAGCACAUCCAUGAUCAGAAUCAAAGUGGUUGAUCAGAAUGACAACUAUCCCUGUUUCACCUUUCCUGUUAUGCUGAAUGACUCUGCAGAAGUUCCUCUUCCUGUCAAUGCACCACUGGGGUACCUGGCCCUACGGGUCAAGGGUCAGGAUGAGGAUGAGGGCAUGAAUGGUGAGCUCAGCUACAGAAUUGUACAAGGUGACUCUAAGCUAUUUUCAAUCAAUAAAGACACUGGAGAAAUAGCUCUAAAACAGGGGCUGGCCUCUGCUAUUGGAGAUGUUUUGGAAAUCAAAAUUGCAGUGAGCGACAAUGGGAGAUCCCCCCUCUCCAGCAGUGCCACCAUUUGCUUUGUUGUCACAGAUUCGCAGCUCUCAGACGACCAAGUUGUCAUUGUAUUACGGUCAAGUGAUGAGGAAGACGCAGGCUUGGAUGUUUCAGUAGUAGUUAUCAUAAUGCUCGGCGGAGGUUGUGCUCUGCUGCUGAUUACCAUAGUGAUUGUUGUUAUCACAUGCAAGCUGAAUCGAGGAGGGAAGGAUCAAGACUCCAAGAGAGACGUGUCUCAUGGCCUGUUUGACUCCAGGCGUCAUCCCAGGCUCAACUCUGCAGAACCCAACAUGUACGGUGGACCAAGAGGUUUCCUCAAUGAAAGGACCUCUUCAUCUCUUGAUGAGUCCAGCCUGUAUGAGGAGAAAAAUGGAGAUUUGGAGUCACAGAUGUUCCUGCCUCCCAAGCCUUUCCUACCAACAUCUAUGUGGCAAGGGGACAAAUACUGCCUGCAAAUGAGUGGCAUUGACCAGCAGAGCGUAAAGGACAGUGGCAAGGGAGACAGUGACUUCAAUGACAGUGACUCUGACAUCAGUGGGGAUGGAGGCAAGAGGAACCUCAGCACCUUCCAGCCCUGGGCCAAAAGUUCAUUCCAUGCCGCUAACACCCUCGCUGUGGAUUGUCAAGGCACUUAUUGUGUAAUACCAACCCAAAGCUUCCAGGCCCCACUAGACAAUGCAUACACAAUUGGCUUUUCCCAAGCACCAGUCUACAACAAUCCCCAUGCCUAUUCCCACUCCUGGAAAGACUCCGGCUACAACACCAGCAUUCCCAAAGCAAGAAACACCAUGCAGACGUUCUCUCAUCACACAGGUACACUCCCUUCUUACUUUGCCCAUCAAAAGAGACAAUCUGCUGCCGGACUUGCUGAAAUUCAGGAGUACAACCAAGAUAUUACUACAGUGGCAACCAUAUCUGAAGUUGCCACCAUUUUUUAAACAACCUGCCAAGUAAAUAUACAAUUGGUUAUUUAUAGAUACUGUAUUAUUCACUAGAUUGUACAGAUACUGGUCAAACUAGACAAUUGGAAAACACUGUAAAAUGUAUUGGCCAUAUGGACAUUUCAUGUAUGAAAAGAGAAGCAACUUGAUGCAUAAUGAAAACAGCUUAUGUAUAUUUUCUUAUUUGAUUAUAUUGUGAAGAUGUAGGCUAUGUGUAUAUAUUGAUUUUCUUAUUGUAUGAACAUUUGUGAAAACAUUGGUGUUUGUUUUAUGAAUAAACACAAUAUUAAAACAAUGAGAGAUACAGUAUGUGCAUAAAUGUUAAUGAGAUUGUUUAGCAUGACUAAACUUUACCCACUGGGAUUGACUUUCCCAUUAACCCAUAUAUAUAGU